AUGUCGUGUUCAGGCGACCUCCCGGGCCCCUGGCUGGCGCUGUACUCGCCCGGGGAGCCGGAGUACACGGACGUGGUGGUGCGCCGGGUGCACGACACCCUGACGCUGGUGUGUGAGCUGCGCGGAGACACGUCGGCCGCGCCCCGCGUCUACGUCUGGAACUAUAUGGACGAUAACUCCACUAGUGGCGACCAGAUCUUGAAAGGUGACCCGAAAGGCCCAGCGGUGAACAGUACACUGAUCAAGUUCGACCUGCAAGAGUCGGACAGCGGCCAGUACAUGUGCUCGGCGCCGCCCUUCAGCGUCACCAAGUACAUACUCGUCCAGACACGGGGUCCAACGUAUUGCCGGCGCGGCGCGUUCUGGUGCGGCACGCGUUGUAUAGCGGCGCAGUAUGUAUGUGACGGACGGCUCGACUGCCAGCGCGGGGAGGACGAGGCCGGACACAUGUGUCCGCCGCUCGGCUGUGCCCGCAGCGAUAAGUUGAACUGCUCGUCUGGGCGCUGUAUCUCGGAGUCAGCUUGCUGCCGGUCGGCGAGCGCGCUGUGCCCGCAGCCCUCGUGCUGCGACGAGCAUCCGCGGUACUCCCGCCUCGAAGCAUCCAACAUCAUCCCUCAGUAUGCUCCGUUUCUCAUCAUCCCUCAGCAUCCUUCAUCAUCCCUCAGCAUCCUUCAUCAUCCCUCAUCAUAUCUCAACAUUCCCAUCAAACCUCGUCGUCCCUCAGCAUCCAACAUCAUCCCUCAGUAUGCUCCGUUUCUCAUCAUCCCUCAGCAUCCUUCAUCAUCCCUCAUCAUAUCUCAACAUUCCCAUCAAACCUCGUCGUCCCUCAGCAUCCAACAUCAUCCCUCAGUAUGCUCCGUUUCUCAUCAUCCCUCAGCAUCCUUCAUCAUCCCUCAUCAUAUCUCAACAUUCCCAUCAAACCUCGUCGUCCCUCAGCAUCCAACAUCAUCCCUCAGCAUGCUCCGUUUCUCAUCAUCCCUCAGCAUCCUUCAUCAUCCCUCAUCAUAUCUCAACAUUCCCAUCAAACCUCGUCGUCCCUCAGCAUCCUCCAUUUCCAUAAUUUUUUUCUAA